UCCAAGACGGGAUUUUGUCCUUACUUUUGAGACAUCAAAAAUUCGAAACCAUCCCCCUCAUUUGACAACCUUAAUCAACCAAUUAAUUAUACCAACACAUGUAAAUUAAUAUUAUUGUAAACCCCAUCUCUAUCGUCAACCGGCUUCAGGUUUUUAAUUAUAUUUCCCCAGGAACUUUACCGGAAAAUCAAACAAGAGUUUUUGCUUCAGUUUCACAAUACACAUAAUUAAUACACAGAUAAAAUGAAUUACUUCGUUAAUCAAUUCUUCAAAUUUCCAUAUCAGGAUAUCUCAAAGCUUCCAUGCCUCUCAGUUCCAGGGCAUCCAAUUCCAUUCUUCUUUCUUCUCCUCAUCCUCCUCUCCAUCCUUCAUAUAUUUCUUUCCUUUUUUGGGGGGGGGGGGGGUUUCCUACUCACUUUGCCUCCCCCUUUUUGCCCCUUUAUUGCAAUUGGACCUUAGAGGAGCAGCAGGCCGGCCACUACAGUCCAUCCACAAAGCAGAGGGAGGGACUGUGCGUGUGGAGAGAAAUUCAAAGCUGUCACCUUUUCAGGCUUAGUGGCUUCGAGACUAGAGUCUCCCCACUUCUGCUAUAUAACCCUCCCUCCCUCCCCCUUCCUCUAAAACCUCCCCUCCUCACCCUCUCCAUUUCUGCUCCCAAAGUUCCAUUCUUUCCCUCCUUCCCACUCUUCCCCUUUUUCUCAGAGACCAAACAGGCCCAUCAUAAUGUGCCAGCAGCAAGUCUCCCUUCCCCUCAGCCAGGGAGAUGACCACCAAGCCCAAUGCUGCUGCCCACAAUCUUACCUUGUCACCAUCAAACACCAACAGCAACAACAACCCAACAACAUGUCCACACCAUUGAUCUCCAAAACCCCAACAAUCUCAGAUACUGAUGCAACUACCACUAAAUCAGCAACAAGAGCACCCAUUGUGGCAGAGGCAAUCUCCAUAGCCAGAAUAGCCUUCCCCAUGAUCCUUACCGGGCUACUGCUCUACUCCCGGUCCAUGAUCUCCAUGCUCUUCCUGGGCCGACUUGGAGAGCUCUCCUUAGCCGGGGGAUCGCUCGCUCUAGGCUUCGCCAACAUUACCGGCUACUCGAUCCUGUCUGGCUUAGCUAUGGGGAUGGAGCCUAUCUGUGGCCAAGCCUUUGGUGCACAGAAGCACCGCCUCCUCGGCCUCACUCUGCAACGAGCGGUCCUGCUCCUGCUCUUAACUUCCUUGCCCAUCACUUUCCUAUGGCUGAACAUGAAAUCAAUCCUGUUAUUCUGCGGGCAGGAUUUGGAAAUCGCCUCGAAAGCGCAAUUGUACCUAAUUUACUCUGUUCCUGACCUUUUAGCCCAAUCUUUCCUCCACCCACUGAGAAUCUACCUCAGAGCCCAAUCCAUCACCUUACCUCUAACAUUCUGCGCCACCAUUUCCAUUCUCCUGCACAUACCAAUCAACUAUUACCUCGUUACCCACCUCAAUUUGGGGAUCAAGGGCGUCGCGUUGAGUGGGGUUUGGACCAAUUUCAACCUCGUCGCUUCCCUGAUCCUCUACAUCAUCUUCUCCGGAGUCCACAAGAAGACCUGGGGAGGAUUCUCCCUCGAAUGCUUCAGAGAGUGGAAGUCCCUCCUCGAUUUGGCGAUCCCCAGCUGCGUCUCCGUCUGCCUCGAGUGGUGGUGGUACGAGAUCAUGAUCCUCCUCUGCGGUCUGCUGAUAAACCCUAGAGCAACCAUCGCCUCCAUGGGGAUUCUGAUCCAGACCACCUCGCUAAUCUACAUCUUCCCUUCUUCCCUGAGCUUCAGCGUCUCGACGAGGGUCGGGAACGAAUUGGGCGCGAAUCGGCCGGGGAAGGCGAAGACGGCCGCCGUCGUGGGGCUCUGCUCGAGCUUCUUUCUCGGGUUCACGGCGCUGAGCUUCGCGAUUACCGUGAGGAAAAUCUGGGCGACGAUGUUCACCGACGACGAAGAGAUUGUGGCGCUGACGGCGAUGGUUCUGCCGAUCAUUGGGUUGUGCGAGCUGGGGAACUGCCCGCAGACGACCGGGUGCGGGGUUCUGAGAGGGACGGCGAGGCCGAGGAUUGGGGCGAAUAUCAAUUUGGGGUGUUUUUACCUGGUCGGGACGCCGGUCGCGGUUUGGUUGGCGUUUUGGGCCGGGUUCGACUUCCAAGGGCUGUGGCUCGGGUUGCUGGCGGCCCAAGGGUCGUGCGCACUGACCAUGCUAGUGGUCUUGGGUCGGACCGAUUGGGAAGGGGAGGCACGGAGGGCCCAAAAGCUGACAGGGGAUUUGGCUCGUCAUCAUGAUGACGUGGAGGAUCAGGAGGAGGAUGAUAUGAUUAAGAAGAAGGAUUUGGGUACUAAUAAGGAUAAUAAUAACGCUGAAAUCAAGGAGGAUUGCUCACAUUAUUUUGGGGGAGGUGGUGACCAGUUGGAUAGGCAAUAUUCAAUUGUUUAGUCCAUCUACAAAUAAUUUUUUUUUUGUUUCUUCUUUGAUAUUUUUUAUUUUUUGUUUUACAAAGAUAACAAAGUUUAUAUAGAUAGAAAUUACGGUAAUGAAAAGUCGAACCCGAUUCAAAUCUUUUUCUUUUUUAUAAUGAGGGAUCUUUUGUGUGGAAGUUAAGGUAUCGAUCCAAUUAUUGUGACAUGAGUUGUGGUACACGAGUUCCAUAUUUGGCACCUCUUAUGCAUAAUAGUUUUUUCUCCUCUUCGUAAUAGUGACAUUGAAUAAUGAACCAAAAAUCAUUUA